CACCGAAGGGUGUUCAACGCUGAGGUGGAACGCCGUCUUCCCGUCUAGAAGCAGUUGGGUUUUUUUCCAUUGGAGAGAGAAAACAAAAAAAAGACCUUCAACUCAGUUAGAGCUCUGGACAAAAGACAACAAGCUGCGCUCAGAGCAGGUGACUGCCCAUAUUUGGUAUCAGCCCGGGUCAUGUGACCACAAAAUGGUGGAAGCUGUGAGCUGUUUGUAAGCUGAGCAUCUCCACCGAGCGUCUGGAAGCAGGAAACGGGCAGCACAUCCAUGCUCUGAGACGCGGGAGGACAGAACUUCCUGAGCCCCGACCGUGGUCCUCCAGGGGAUGGACCUGGAUUCAGAGACUAUAAUGAACUCAGAGGACGCGGACAGCCGACCAGUGCCUCCUUCUUCUUUAUCCCUUCAAGGAGCUUCCAGUCAAAGGAAGAAGCUCUCUGCUCCUCGAAUCAGCUUGUCCCUAGACCAAAGCGAGGACGACUUGGGGGAAACACCAGACGAUCUCGACAUCAAUGUAGACGACCUGGACACUCCAGAUGAAGGAGACUACGACUACACAGACCACGAGCUGGACUGGGAAGAGCCCAGCACCGUCAACAGAAGCGUGCCAAGCGAGUCCUACAACCCCAUCCCGACAUACAGCGCUGAGGAGGAACGCCAGGACGCCAGGCUAUGGAGGAGCGUCGUCAUCGGAGAGCAGGAGCAUCGCAUCAACAUGAAGAUCAUUGAGCCGUACAUGAGAGUGAUCUCCCAUGGAGGCUACUAUGGCAACGGAGUGAAUGCCAUUAUAGUGUUUGCCGCCUGUUUCCUGCCCGACAGUGACCGAGAGGACUACCACGAAAUAAUGGAAAACCUCUUCCUCUUUGUGAUCAGCACGCUGGAGCUGAUGGUGGCAGAGGACUACAUGAUUGUGUACCUGAAUGGAGCCACACCCCACAGAAGGAUGCCCGGCCUUGGCUGGCUGAAGAAAUGCUACCAGAUGAUUGACAGAAGGCUCAGGAAGAACUUGAAAUCCUUUAUUAUUCUGCAUCCAUCAUGGUUUAUCAGGACCGUUUUAGCCGUUACCAAGCCAUUCAUCAGUGCCAAGUUCAGCAGUAAGAUUAAAUAUGUGAACAGUCUGGAUGAACUACAGCAGCUCAUCCCCAUGGAUUGUGUCCAGAUCCCUGAAUGCAUCAUUAAAGUCGACAAGGAGCUGAAGGAAGCAGCGGAGAACUCCAAGAUGAACAGUUUUCUGCAGGGGAGCGAGCCGGCAGCAGCCAGCCGGACAGAACAAGAUGAAGCUGGAGCCAGCCGCUCAUAAAAAAAAAACCACCCAGCCCCAAACCAACCCCGGAUGGAUCAUUGGACACCUCCGCUCUCAAGCGUCUCAGCUGUAACGAAUGGUCAAAGCUAAAGUUUGGAGUCGAAUGUGAACGCAUCUCACAGUCACAGCACUCCUGCUGAGGAUUAGAUCGUCAGGCGAGACGCCUGCCAGCAUCCGCACAGCAACAUCAUUGUUCACUUUAGGGUAGAAAAUGCAAUUACUCACCAGACAGUGAAGCGCACUGAAACCCAUUUGUUCAUCCUGUACAGAAGUGCAUGAUGGGAAACGAGCAUUUCACCCCUUUACUGUUUAGGUUUGUUGUACCAAGAGGCGUCUUCUGUGUCAGCAGUUUAGAUAUCAAGUGUUGACUUCAAUCAUCUUUCCCUUAAACGACGACAUUAAUCUAUAAAGAAGUUAUUUAAAUUUAUAUCAAGAGGUGAGUAAAAUGCAGUGUGACGGCAUUUAUUUAUUUAUGUUUUUCGGCCUCGACAUGCAGGCGUGUGGGAUUUGUUUUAUUUUAUGAGCUAAAAACAGCAAAACUCUCAGUUGGAUCACCAGGAAGAAACAUCAGAUAAUGAUGGAAUCUUAACGAAGCACAACAUCCGUCUGUGUGUGACCGUGCAUGUGUGUGACCGUGCAUGUGUGUGCGUGUUGCUGCAUGUCCUUUCAUCACAUCACUGGUGGUCCUCUUAGCCAAGUGUCUUAUAUAUGGAGUUGCAAAAAUACAGAUAAGGAUUACUGUCUAAUUGUUCAAUAAAAUAAGCUAAAGAUGGA